AUGGCAGGAACAGCGACGACACUCACAGUGACAGCACCGAGAUGGCGGUGGCAGCAUCAUCACCGUUCGAUUCCUGUUUCAUUUUUCCGGCGAAGGCAUCCACGGCUAAGAGGUUUGGAGUUUUACAGAAAUGGGGUUGUAGAUUCUACUUGUGGUGCUGUUUCUCGAAGCAAUGAAGUGAAUGUGUCACCUUGGGAUGAUAAACCCUUUCGAAUUCUUCCAAGUGGUAAAAAGGCUUACUUGGAUGAACAGGACGUGGUGACAUUUCUUGAUCCUCCUAAGGGCUUGAUUCCUUUGGACCCAUCUUCCUAUAAUCCCGCUGCAUACCUAUGGAAAAAGAUUGAAGAUAUUCCUGAGGAAAGGCGACAUCGACUUCUGCGAUUGUUAGAACCAAGACUUGUUUCAAUGGCUUGGCAGAUAGCCGGUACACGGUAUGAGGAUCCCAACUUAAUGAAGAAAAGUGCAUCUACAUUGUUGUCCAGCUCUGACAGAGAUGAUGUUGUUCUUGAAUAUUAUAACUGCAGAACAAGUGGAGGACCAAUGCCAAUUUCCUGGAUAAAUUCCUUUAGAAAGGCUGUAUUUACUUGCAAGGAUGGGCAGGCCUACGGACGAAUCAUAAGUGGAUCACUUUUGGCUGCAUUUGCUGACUCCUUCUCUCCUUUGUAUUUUACGGUUAGACAACAUAAUGAAGUCAUGUCAACAGAGCAGCCAUGUGAUUUAGCAUAUGAAUUUGGAGAUGGACUAUAUGAUAUCAAAGAGCUCCCAUUAGGCUUUCCAAGACCAGUUAAGCAUCCUUAUCCUUUCAACGAUCAAAUUGUUGUGUAUGUUCGCCAUCUAGCACCUGGGGUCUCAGUAGGGCAAGCAUGGCAAGAGGGGACUAAGUUAGAGCAAGUCCCACGAAAGUUAUGCAGAGAGAUUUUAAUGGUCAAGGAGUACACGUCAUUACGAGAAGAUCAAUGA